CUAAUAGUGUAAGUUGCUGUGCAAUAUUAAUAGGUGUUAUAUUGGAGACAAAUAGAAAAAUCCAACGACCUUUUCGAGGAGUGCAAAAAUAUCACUGACGCUAAGGGUCAGCCGGUGAAGGAACUCUCCAAUAAUCUUCACAUCCAAAUGAAAGCGUUUAGAGAAAAACUCGAAGAUGGGAGGGAGAGAAUCGAAGACAGCUCCAGGUGUUUUUUAUUGCUUGAGUCUUGUCAUGAUAUCUUAGAAGAUGACGGCAAAGAACAGGAUGAGUUUGUCAAACUGGCCAAGCAUUCCGGAAAUGAAAAGUUGUUGCAGUUAUGUCAGAAUAUUCCUAUAUCCGAUACAAAUCUAACAAAUCACAACCAACCUCCUGAUAAAGAGAGACAAGACCAAGACAAAAGUCCUCCGUAUUCUUUAUCUGAAAUAAGUGCUGCCAGUACUCCUGUCAAAAGUCAAAACACUCAUAUCAGGAGGAGAUCUGUCAGUUCUUUGGCCUUUAUUUACCACUGCAGCCACCUUGCUGCAGGAGAGAUGUGCAAUUGCUGUGAAUCCGAUACUGAAAACACUGUUUCUUAUAAACUUAAGAAAAAGUAUAUCCAAGCAUUACAGAGUUGUCCUUGUGGCACCAAGGAUACUCUGGAAAGGAAAAACAGUGGCACAUUAGGUGGAAUUAAAGAGGAAAGCGUGGAAAAUAUUCUAGAAAAAAUCGAAUCUGAACAUAACGACUGCAAUAGGUGUGAUAGCGGUGUGUCUACCGCAGAAAAUUCCGUCGGAGACGAAAUCUUGUACAAUAAAAAGAAAUUACAGAGGAUAUGUUCUUGCCAAUACUACAGGGAAAACUGUGCUUUAUGCAGUGCCGCCAGUUCUAGUACGGGAUCCAACCAGGACAACACAGAAAACCAGCAGGACAGUAUAAUGGAAGAAGGAAGCGAUGGAUUUGUUAAAAGUCUUACCGAUGAUAUAGAAGAGGAUCAUUUUUCCGAAGAAAGAAGAAAAGUGCCUCCUAUUUCUGCCAAUAAUCAUCUUUAUUGCCAUUCCUCCACGUUAGAUUUGCCUUCAGAUGCCUUAUAUCAUAAUAUGGACCCAAAGACUCAAAAUAAACAAAUUGAACUAGCGGACAAAAUGGACUUAGCAAGUUACCUGUUAAAGCCCGUUCAAAGGAUGGGUAAAUACGCUUUGCUGCUUCAACAAAUGAUGAAGGCUUGUCCUGCGUCCGCAGUCGGUUCUUCGGACAGGGUAGCUCACGAGAUGGAUGACUUGAAACAAGCCGAAGAAAUGGUUAGGUUCCAAUUAAGGCAUGGAAACGAUUUGCUUGCCAUGGAUUCUAUCAGGGAAUGUGAUGUUAAUCUCAAGGAACAGGGUAGACUCUUAAGGCAAAACGAAUUUUUGGUAUGGGAAGGACCUGUAAGGAUGGCUGAAAUGUCUUCAAUGGGAAUAGGAAACAAACCCUGUUUGGAUAUUCGGCCUAGCGACAAUCAAAUCAGCGAUAGAUCUAUUAGCUUUGCUCAACUUAGCCGAACCGUUCCUCGAUUCCGCAAUUCCAUUGCAGGUUCAAUAGCGGACAGCUGUCGGAUCGUAGCUCGACCGCAAUCGGUAAUAUCCAUGUCGAGCGUUUCGUCAAGUAGCACAAGUUCUGGAGGAUCAGCGGGAUCAGCCGGAACACCAAUCGGACCAAGUAGUAAUCAAUUAGGACUAGGCUUUGAAACUUGUGAAAGUCCCAAGUCUUUUCAUAAGUCUUCGACUUUAAAUAGCCAGUGCUCUGUAGAAAGCGGCAUUAUAGCGGACAUGUCUGUGGGCUCUGACGAAUUUUCAGAGCAAGCACCUUCAGGCCUUUAG